AUGUCCUCGUCGCCUCCGCCCGCCGACCUCAUCGUGUCCUCGUCGCCUCCGCCCGCCGCGCACAAGUCCAAAGCCACACAGCCGACACAGCCUAUGCCCGCGCGCUCGCCGCACGUUUCCACGCGCUCGCCGCACGUUUCCACGCGCUCGCCACACUUCACGUCCGACGUCACCCAGCCCACGCAAUUGCUCACCCCGAAAGCGACCCGGAUGCGCCCCGUCGACCUCGCCUCAUCACCGCAACUGCAAGUCCCGCGCUCGUCGCCCGGCCUGGAGCGCCUCUCCUCGGCCGCCGCGCAGUCGCAGUCGCAGUCGCAGUCGCAGUCGCACCCACACACGCAGCGCCCGUACGGCUUCAACCCCAUGGCCCCGCCAGGAACGGGCUUCUUCCCGCCCGCGCCCGUCCGCAGACCCGUCUACGACCUCACCGACGACGAUGCGCCCGUCGAGCGCGACCCGGACGAGGACGAGGCGUCGUUCAGGUCCAACAUCCCGCUCAGCAAGGUCGAGAUGGGCGGCCGCGCCUCGCGGGUCGACGAGACACCGCCCAAGCCGAGCUGGGACCUGUCGGGCUAUGCGUACAAGGUCGUGCAGCAGGCGUCGAGGAAGCGCGGCGCCGACGACGACGACACGCGGAGCCCGAGCCCGCGCGCGAAGAAGGCGAAGCCGCCGCCCCGACAGGCUGGGCCGAGCCGCGCCAUGCCCGUGCAUGUCGACCUGACGAGCGACACCGACAUGGCCCUGUCGGAUAUCCAGGACUUUGAUCUCCGCAGGAAGACGACGAGGCUGCAGGCUGUCUUCAUCAGCAAGCCCGUCUCCCUCCUCUACAAGGUCCUCGUCGACAGGAGAGGCCACUACGAGGAUGCCAUGGCCCAUCUCGCCGAGCAAGACUCGGACGAUGAGCUCAUGAAAUCGCCCCAGGCCGGCGUUGCCAAGCGCACUGGCAGCGUUGCGCAGCCCAAGAAGACUGCGGAGCGCAAGCUGAACGCGCCCGUCAAGUCGCUCAUGGACAAGUACUCCAAGGCCGCGCUGACAUACAGCGCGACGGCGAGUCCCGCCGCCACAGACGCCGAGCAGCCCAAGAAGCGCAGGCUCGUCCGUGGGCGCAAGAAGCUCGUGUCUGAGAGCGACGACGAGCCUAUGACUCCGCCGCGGCCGCACACCGCCCAGGCGAAAGCGCCCGUCGUGGUGUCGGACCACGACAACGAGGGCGUCAUUGCCAUCUCGGAUGACGACGAGGGCAUCGUUGCCAUUUCAGACGACGACUCGGACGCGGCCGCUGCAUCUGACAAAGACCGCAAGUUCAGCACCGACGACCUGCUGGACUUCUUCAACGAUUGCUCGGUCGAGGCCAUGGUUGACCUGUCCGGUCACAAGGAGGAGGAAGUCGAUGAGCUGCUGAAACAGCGGCCCUUUUAUUCUCUGGACGCGGUACGGAAGAUGCACGUCGAUCUGAAAGCCAAGGAAGGGCAAGAAAAGGGCAAGAAGAAGGCGCGCAAGCCGAGGAUCACGUUCGGUGCUCGCCUGGUCGAGUCUGCCGAGGACAUGUGGGAUGCGUACUCGACCAUCGACUCGGUUGUCAAGCAGUGCGAGCAUCUCGGAAAGCCAAUGGUCGCCGGCAUGGCUCGCUGGGGCAUCAACAUUUUCGGGGCUUCGACAGACGGCGAGGUCGAUGCGGUCACCCUCGACGACAGCAGUGACACGAGCUCGACUCGCGACUCGGGCUACCACACACCGAAGAGCGGCCAUGGCAGCGACACCGAGAGCGGCGGCCUCCGCAAGACGAGCAGCAAGAUGAAGCUCCUGAAGCAGCCGGCCAUCAUGAACGACGACAUUGAGUUGAAGGACUACCAGGUCGUCGGUCUGAACUGGCUGAAUCUGCUCUGGCAGAAUGGCAUCUCCGGAAUCCUGGCCGACGACAUGGGCCUGGGCAAGACCUGCCAAGUCAUUGCCUUUUUGUCGCACCUGAAAGAGCAAGGGGAGGGCCGUCCGACGCUCGUCAUCGUGCCCGGGUCGACGCUGGAGAACUGGUGUCGAGAGUUUGAGCGCUUCUCCACCAAGGUCAACUUCACGCCCUACUACGGCUCGCAAGCCGAGCGCUUCGAAUCGCAAGACACCAUUCGAGGCAACAUCGAGACGGGCCAUUGCGACGUCAUCAUCACCACUUACGAUCUGGCGUACCGCAAGGAGGACAACGUCUUCCUGCGCAAGUGCAGGCCGCAAAUCUGCAUCUUCGAUGAGGGCCACGUUCUGAAAAACGCAAACACGGCGCGGUACAAGAGCUUGAUGCGCAUCACUCCAAGGUGCCGGAUUCUCCUGACGGGCACGCCGCUGCAGAACAGCCUGCAGGAGCUCAUGUCGAUUCUCGGGUUCCUGAUGCCGAGCGUCUUCUACGACAAGCACGACGACAGCGUGCAGGAGAUGCUGCAGAUUCUGUUCAAGCACAAGGCCAAAGUCACCGAGAGCGAUUCUCACAGCACUCUGCUCUCGGCACAGCGCGUCCAGCGCGCUCGUACCAUGCUGACGCCGUUCAUCCUCCGCCGCAAGAAGGCCCAGGUGCUGAAGCAUCUUCCUCGGAAGACCUGCCGUGUCGAGUACUGCGAGCUCACCGACACACAGAAGACGCUGUACGACGAGCAGUUGCAGAAGCAGCGCAAGAUCCUGCUCGACCGCGCUGCUGGCCUACCCGUCAAGGAUCACGCCAACGUCAUGAUGAAGCUUCGACAGGCUGCGAUCCAUCCCCUGCUCUUCAGGCACCGCUACACAGACGACAAGAUCCGGAAGAUGUCCAAGGCGUGCCUGCGCGAGGACACGUUUGCAGAAAGCAACCCCGACAUCAUCUACGAGGAGCUGCAGCUGUACCAGGACUACCAGUGCCACUCCCUGGCCAUGAAGUACCCGGGCGCACUCAAGAAGUUUGAGCUCAAAGACCGCGAGUGGAUGGACAGCGGCAAAGUCCAGACCCUCCUCGCGCUGCUCAAAAAGUACCAGGCCAACGGCGACCGCGCCCUCGUCUUCUCCCAGUUCACGUCCGUCAUGGACAUACUCGGCUGGGUCUUUGACGACCACGACAUCCCCUACAUGCGCAUGGACGGCUCCACGCCCAUUGCCGCGCGCCAGUCGCUGAUGGACGAUUACCACAACGACGCCAGCAUCCCCGUAUUCAUGCUGAGCACAAAGUCGGGCGGCGCAGGCAUCAACCUCGCCUGCGCAAACAAGGUCGUCAUCUUCGACAGCAGCUUCAACCCGCAGGACGACAUCCAGGCCGAGAACCGCGCCCACCGCGUCGGCCAGACGAGGGAGGUCGAGGUCGUCCGCCUCGUCACCAGGCACACGGUCGAGGAGCAGAUCUACGCCCUGGGCGUGAGCAAGCUCGAGCUCGACAAGAUGGUGCAGGGCGAGGAGCAGGAUGACGCUGGCACGAACAAGGGCAGGAAAAAGACGCUCACGAGCGGCGCCGCGACGCCCGCGCUCACCAAGGCUGAUGAGGCGGGCAUCAGCGCUGUCGAGGCGAUGCUGCUGCAGCAGAUGAUGGGCUCGGGCGCGGCGGAUGUCAAAGACCAGUUCAAACAGGGGCUGGAGAAGGCGGGUUUGGAUCUGAGCGCUGCCUAG